CCUUUCCCUUGUACGCCGUGCCCCCUUCGUGCAUCCUUCCUGGCGCCCUCCGUUAUGACGAAUUUCGACCCUCCUAGUACCCUCAAGCCAGCUCAAGUAGCGGUGGCGAUGGUUGAGCAUGGCAUCGCUAAGCACAGAACGCGAGGAGAUGUGGUCUUCCUCAAAGCGGUUCUUGCAGGUGUCAUGCUGUCGUUCGGCGGUCUCCUCUCAGAGAUUAUCUCAGGUGGCUCAGCAGGAAUCACCACCAAUAACCCCGGCUUGGUCAAGGUCUUGGGAGGGGCAGUGUUUCCCGUGGGUUUGAUAAUGAUUGUCCUUCAGGGUCAGGAACUGCUGACCAGCAACAUGAUGAUAUUUCCAAUGGCCUGCUUGAAGGGUGCAGUGCCUUGGUGGGGACUUCCAUGGAAUUGGCUUCUCGUCACUUUCGGCAACCUAUGCGGCAGCCUCUUCUUCGCAGCUGUCCUUACAAAAUAUAGCGGCAUCAUCUCAACAGAGCCAUACAUCAGCUAUGCACAGGACUUCGCACUACACAAGGCAAAGGAGCCGGAAUGGUACCAAAUCUUCCUCCGCGGCAUUGGCUGUAAUUGGCUCGUCUGCGUAGCAGUUUGGCAAGCUGCUGGAGCGCGUGAUACGCUCUCAAAGAUUGUGGCUAUAUGGAUCCCGAUCAUGAUUUUCGUCUCGGCAGCAUUUGAUCACGUGAUUGCGAACAUGUUCUCCGUCCCAUUGGGUAUCAUGUUUGGAGCUGACUUGACGGUGGCCGAGUACAUUCGAAAGUCUCUGAUCGCUUCGUACCUCGGGAACAUCGUCGGCGGGCUGAUCGUCGCACUGCCCGCCACAUACUUCUAUCUGUCCGAUUACAGCGGAGGCGGCCUGCGCGGCGUGGAGGAAGGCGAAGUCCUGAACGAUGCAGCAAUUGUCAACAGCGACGAGGAUAGCAGUCGAAAUGGGAAAGGGCGAGAGGAGGCGUUUGAAGUGGUCCCUGGGAAGUCCGCUUGAUGGAUUCUCUGCGUAUUAACGUACUGUAGUGUAAUAUUCGGCUAUUAUUCGUGUCCUUUGUAACAGCGUGUACCUUGACGACCGUUCUACGUAAUUUCUC